AUGGAGGAAAUGUCAUCGGCAAAUACACCAAAAAUGGACUGGAACAGCAAGGAUUUACCGACUGCGUGGAAGUCGUUUCGACGCCAUCUUGAAUUUAUGUUUGGCGGACCGUUAAAGUCGAAAUCGGAGGAACAGAAAUGCAAUUAUCUCAUGAUUUGGGUAGGAGAAAAGGGAAGAGACAUAUAUCAGACCUGGACGUUUGGAGAUGGAGAGGAAAAAAGCAACAGCUACUACGAGAGGUUCGAAGCCCAUGUGAAGCCGAAAUCGAAUAAGGUAUUUGCUAGAUACAAGUUUCACAAGAAAGUUCAGGGCGAUAAUGAGCCAUUCGAACAGUUUCUUAUUGACCUCAAGCUGCUAGUGAAAGAUUGUGGAUAUGCAGAUCCAGACGAAAUGGUCAGGGAUAGAAUUGUCAUUGGUUGCAACUCCAAGAAAGUGCGAGAAAAGUUGAUACAAGAAGGAUCUGAAUUGUCGUUAGAGAAAGCGGUUGAAAUUGCACUCACACUGGAAAUGUCUCAAACGCAACUCAAAACCAUGGAGGACGAAGACAGCAAGAUUCACGCUGUUAAAGUGAAUCAAGCUCGAAGGCAGAGUGAGAAAUUGGACAAGAGGAAACUUGGCAGACUGGGAGUUGAACAGGAGUGUGGAAUGUGUGGCUACAUACACAGCAGUAAAGCAGAAUGUCCGGCUAAGGGAAAGAAAUGUCUGAUUUGUGCCAAGUUAAAUCAUUUUGCCAAAGUCUGCAAGUCAAGAGAGAAGAGAAGAACUGUCCGAUAUGUGGAAAAAUGCAGAAGUGGCGAUGAAGCUCGGACAAAAGAAACCAGCAGCGAAAGUGAAGAUGACAUGUUUUAUGUGGGUUGUAUAGACGCAGUAAAUGCAGUUAGCCUCAGUGAAUGGCGCGAAGAGCUGACCGUCAACAACAAGAAAGUUAUUGUUCAGUUAGACACUGGAGCGAAAUGCAAUGUUAUGUCUUUAACGACGUUAAAGACUCUAGGAGGAGACAACAAUUCAACCUACAGCAGCCAAGUUAAGGUCAUACUCUGGUCACCAGAUACCUAUUCAUGGUUGCACAACACUCUUAUGCGAACACAAGGACAAAACGUACCCCAUGAAGUUUUACAUUGCAGAAGGUGA